AUGGAGCCCUUCUGUCCGCUCCUGCUGGCGGGUGUUAGCUUGCCGCUCGCCAAGGCCCUCAAGGGCAACGAGACCACCCCGGCGGUCAGCAACUGGAACUCGACGACCUCAGGCCCUCCUGACCCCCGCGCGCCCCAGCCCCUGCUGGCCUGGCUGCUGUUGCCGUUGUUGCUCUUCAUCCUCCUUCUGCUCCUCGCCGCCUACUUCUUCAGGUUCAGGAAGCAGAGGAAAGCUGUGGUCAGCACCAAUGACAAGAAGAUGCCCAACGGAAUCCUGGAAGAACAAGAGCAGCAACGAGUGAUGCUUCUCAGCAGGUCCCCCUCCGGGCCCAAGAAGUACUUUCCCAUCCCCUUGGCGCACCUGGAGGAGGAGAUCCGCGUCCGCUCAGCAGAUGACUGCAAACGCUUUCGGGAGGAGUUCAAUUCGUUGCCAUCUGGACACAUACAAGGAACUUUUGAACAGGCCAAUAAAGAAGAAAACAGAGAAAAAAACAGAUAUCCCAACAUCCUUCCCAAUGAUCAUUCCAGGGUGAUUUUGAGCCAAGUGGAUGGAAGCCCCUGUUCAGACUACAUCAAUGCUUCCUACAUAGAUGGUUACAAAGAGAAGAAUAAAUUCAUCGCAGCUCAAGGCCCCAAACAGGAAACGGUGAAUGACUUCUGGAGAAUGAUCUGGGAACAGAAGUCUGCCACCAUCGUCAUGUUGACGAACCUAAAAGAAAGGAAAGAGGAGAAGUGCUCCCAGUAUUGGCCGGACCAGGGAUGCUGGACCUAUGGAAACAUCCGUGUGUGCGUGGAGGACUGCGUGGUUCUGGUAGAUUACACCAUCCGGAAAUUCUGCAUACAGUCCCAGCUCCCCGACGGCUGCAAAGCCCCACGGCUCAUCUCCCAGCUGCACUUCACCAGCUGGCCGGACUUUGGAGUGCCUUUCACCCCCAUCGGGAUGCUGAAGUUCCUGAAGAAAGUGAAGGCCCUCAACCCUGCCCACGCCGGGCCCAUAGUGGUCCACUGUAGCGCCGGCGUGGGCCGGACGGGCACCUUCGUAGUGAUCGAUGCCAUGAUGGACAUGAUGCACGCCGAGCAGAAGGUCGAUGUCUUUGAGUUUGUGUCCAGAAUUCGCAACCAGCGCCCUCAGAUGGUUCAAACAGAUAUGCAGUACACGUUCAUCUACCAAGCCUUGCUGGAGCACUACCUCUACGGGGACACCGAGCUGGAUGUGUCCUCCCUGGAAAAGCACCUGCAGACACUGCACAGCACUGCCACCCACUUCGACAAGAUCGGGCUGGAGGAGGAGUUCCGGAAACUGACCAAUGUCCGGAUCAUGAAGGAGAACAUGAGGACGGGCAACCUGCCGGCGAACAUGAAGAAGGCCAGGGUCAUCCAGAUCAUCCCGUAUGACUUCAACCGGGUGAUCCUUUCCAUGAAAAGGGGUCAAGAAUACACAGACUACAUCAACGCCUCCUUUAUAGAUGGCUACCGACAGAAGGACUAUUUCAUCGCCACCCAGGGGCCCCUGGCGCACACAGUGGAGGACUUCUGGAGGAUGGUGUGGGAGUGGAAGUGCCACACGGUCGUAAUGCUGACGGAGGUCCAGGAGAGAGAACAGGAUAAAUGCUUCCAGUACUGGCCGACAGAGGGCUCAGUGACUCAUGGCGAGAUAACAGUCGAGAUAAAAAGCGACACGCUUUCGGAAGCCAUCAGCAUACGGGACUUCCUGGUCACCUUCAAGCAGCCCCUGGCCCACCAGGAGGAGCAGACCCGCAUGGUCCGCCAGUUCCACUUCCACGGCUGGCCCGAGGUCGGGAUCCCGGCCGAGGGCAAAGGCAUGAUCGACCUCAUUGCAGCCGUGCAGAAGCAGCAACAACAGACGGGCAACCACCCCAUCACCGUGCACUGCAGUGCUGGAGCCGGGCGAACAGGUACAUUCAUAGCGCUCAGCAACAUUCUGGAACGAGUAAAAGCCGAGGGCCUUUUAGACGUAUUCCAAGCUGUGAAGAGUUUGCGACUUCAGAGACCACAUAUGGUGCAAACCCUGGAACAGUAUGAAUUCUGCUACAAAGUGGUACAAGAUUUUAUUGAUAUAUUUUCUGAUUAUGCUAAUUUCAAAUGAAAAUUCCUGCCUUAAAAUAUUUUUUAAUUUAAUGUACAGUGAGAAUGCAUUGGGGUCGAGGAGGAAAAUGGAGGGAACUUUGCAAGACUCACCAGCUGGUCCCAUAUGUUUUCAUUGUUAAAACCCCAAGUCCAGAGCCUUUCUUUGACUGAAGGAGAAGAGAGAGAAGCAAGCUUUCAUUCGGCACCAAACCCUGGAAACCGAGCCGGCUAGUUGUGGUGAAGGUAACUAAAGUCAAAGUCAGGGAAUGGGUUUGGGUCUAAUUUAGGAACCCUCAUUAGAAUCUGUCAGGCCUUUUAGUGGCCACCUGGCAUCUCUUGGAUGGAGAUUAAGAUCAACCUUAUCCGGGGUACCCUUGGGAAAGUGCCCCAUGUGUGUGUUCUUCCGUCUCCUGUGCCCACUGCAAGCAUCCUGGCACCUGCUGUAGCCCUUCCAAUUCUGGAGACAAAGCAGAAGCCACUGUCCCUUGGAGGCACUGGCCCUUCUGGGGGCCUGGGAAUUGUAGCCUCAUGGCCUCUGCCCAGGCCCCCGCACCCAGUCCAAGGCCCCCUCCGGUCCAAACAGUCUCUUUGGGCACUUGGGGACUGGCCGCCCUAUCUGUGCCAGCCAGAAAGCUGACCUCUUCUUCCCCCUCGGUCAAAGUAGGUCCAUUGUACAUAACAAACCAUACCACGCUGACGGCACCGACGCCGCCGUCCUUCCCGUCACGUUUUUGUAUGUUGCAUGCAGUUGCAUUCAAAUGCCAAAUAGCGAUUAGGAGCCUACCGUUCUGAUCGACAAGCUGUACGGUCACUGUGUGACUCACUUUACUGUCUCUCUCCACGUGCUAGACGAAUGAAGAAUGCAUACCAGUGUUUUAAAAGGUAUUUUUAUGUGUUUUUAAAAACUUUUUAAAAUGAGCCUGACAUGUCUGUUUCAGCAUUCCGAGACAUGCCCAUGUUAUUUUUAAAAUGUAUGAUUACUGAUAAUUUUGUUUAACUCAGUUGUGUUUAAUUUAUGUGCAAUCUUUAUAUGUAUGUAUUCCCAGUUUCAACUAUCAUAUUUUCUUUUAUUACAUCUAUAAUUUGAUCUUGCUCUGAUUAUAAUGCCAGUGAAUGUUGCUGAAUUCUUUGUAUAUGCAAAUUGCAAGAUCUAAAACAUUCUGAUGCAAGGAUAAAUCUUUACUUUGA